GGGACUACGCUCCGACGGAUACGGUCAGAAUGGGACCUGUACAGUGUCCAGACGCCAGAACACCAUCCAGGAGCUUUUGCAAAACUGUUCGGAUUGCCUGAUGCGAGCUGAGCUUAUAGUACAACCCGAAUUGAAAUAUGGGGAUGGCGUCCAGAUUAGAGGGAACAGAGAUCUGGAAGAGUGUUUUGCACAGGCAAAUGACCAAAUGGAUAUCCUGGAUGGGCUGAUCAGAGAGAUGAGGCAGAUGGGCCAGCCCUGUGACAUGUAUCAGAAGAGGCUGCUUCAACUUCAAGAGCAAAUGCGUGCCCUGUACAAAGCCAUCAGUGUUCCCCGUGCCAGGAGGGCCAGCUCCAAAGGUGGUGGUUGCUUCUCCUCUCAAAGUGGCUCAGGCUGGGAUGAGUACACAAAACGUGUCACAAGUGAAUGUCUAAACUGGAUGAGGCAGCAGAAGGCUGAAAUGGAGCUAGUGAAGUGGGGGUUUGAUGCAGCAUCCAUUGAGCAACAAAUAGGAGACCAUAGGAGAACUCACAAUGCCAUUGGAGACUAUCGCUGGCACUUGGACAAAGUCAAAACAGAUCUGCGGGAGAAGGCUGCAGUUCAUCAGCUGGAGGAAGAAUAUGAAGGCCUGCUGAAAUACUCCUUUGAGAGAAUGGAUCAGCUUCGUCAAUUCCAGAACCUCAUUCAGGCCACCAGCAGAGAGAUCAUGUGGAUCAAUGACUGUGAGGAGGAGGAGCUUCUCUAUGACUGGAGUGACAGAAACACUGAUAUUGCCAGGAAGCAGGAGUCCUUCUCUAAACGCAUGAGUGAACUGGAGCUUAAAGAAAAAGAACUUAACAAGCUAAAGCAAGAAAGUGACCAGCUAGUGCUCAACCAGCACCCUGCUUCAGACAAAAUUGAGGCCUACAUGGAUACAUUGCAAACUCAGUGGAGCUGGAUUCUUCAAAUUACCAAAUGUAUUGACGUUCAUCUGAAAGAGAAUGCGGCUUACUUUCAGUUUUUUGAAGAGGCCCAAGCCACAGAAUGCUACCUGAAAAACUUACAAGACUCCAUCAGGAAGAAGUUCAUCUGUGAUAAGAGCAUGUCACUGCAGACUUUGCUGGAGCAGAUCAAGGAGCUGGAGAAUGAACGAGAGAGAAUUCUUGAAUAUAAGAGGCAAGUGCAGAGUUUGGUGAACAAAUCCAAGAAGAUUGUGCAGCUGAAGCCGCGUAACCCAGACUACCGGAGUAACAAGCCCAUUAUCCUCAAGGCUCUGUGUGACUACAAACAGGAUCUGAAAACAGUGCGCAAAGGAGAUGAAUGCAUCCUGAAGGACAAUAAUGAGCGCAGCAAGUGGCUGGUGACUGGCCCUGGAGGAGUGGAUAUGCUGGUGCCAUCUGUCAGUCUUAUCAUCCCACCCCCCAAUCCUUUAGCAGUGGAUCUUGCUACAAAAAUUGAGCAAUAUUAUGAAGCUAUUUUAGCUUUGUGGAACCAGCUGUAUAUCAACAUGAAGAGCCUGGUGUCUUGGCACUAUUGCAUGAUCGACAUUGAGAAGAUCAGAGCGAUGACUAUUGCCAAGCUGAAAACAAUGCGUAAGGAAGAUUACCAAAAAAUAAUAACUGACCUGGAGAUCCAUUAUCAAGAGUUCCUCAGGAAUAGCCAAGGCUCAGAGAUGUUUGGUGAUGAAGACAAACGAAAGAUCCAGACUCAGUUCACUGAUGCUCAGAAACACUACCAAACCUUGAUUAUACAACUGCCUAAUCAACCACGACAGCCACAAAUAGUGGUCCCGACUGAGACCUGUCCUGUGGGUUCCUCAAACACGGUUAUCGUUAAUGAGAGAAACCGAGAGCAUGAGAAGCAGGAGGCCUGGCUGCUGAUGGAGCUUCAGAAACUUCGGCGUCAGAUUGAAGCUUCUGAGAUUCAGAUGGUUCAAAGAGCUCCUCUUGGAGUGGAUCAAGGGGCUAUGCAUGACUUUUCAGUCAGAAUAAAGGAUUUAGAGGGUGUGCAGAACGACUCUCAAAUAAUGGCUGAAACCCUCAAUAAGCAUAAGGACUUGCUGCCUAACUUCAGAGGCUGUGAAAAAUAUGUGUACUUGCAAUCAGAGAUAAAUGCCCUAUUUCAAAAGCUGGAAAAUAUUAAUGGUGUUUCUGCUGGCUACUUAGACAGCUUGAAUGCACUGAGGUGUCUGCUCCAGGUUAUUCUACAAACAGAAGAUGUGAUCAGAGUUUUUGAAGUCAGGCUGUCUGAAGAGGAGACUGUUCCUUUGGAUCUUGAUAAAGUAGAGGCUUACCGGGCUUGUCUGAAGAAAAUGAAAGCAGACCUAAAUAUGAAGAAGUCACUACUGAAUACCUUGGAAAAUGAGCUGCAGAGAACACUUCAGAUUCACUCACAGUCUUGCCAGUCAUAUACUCUGUAUGACAUGGACAUUGGAAAGUACUGUGACAAAGUUACCCAGCUAAUAGACCGCUGGCAGAGAGCUGAUAAGCAGAUAGAUAACAGAUUGUGGGAUUUAGAAAGGCAGAUCAAACAGCUGAAAACUUACCGAGAUCUCUACCAGGCUCUGUGCAAAUGGAUCUGUGAUGCCAAGCGUCGGCAGGAUUCUAUUGAGUCCACGAAGCUGUGCGAUUCCAACACUAUCAUGAGAUAUCUACAUGAUCAGAAGAACUUGCACAGUGAAAUCUGUGGGAAGAGAGACAAAGUUGAGGAGCUUCUCAAGCAUGCAGAUCAGUGCUCAGCUGCAAUUAAGGACUAUGAACUACAGGUUGCUUCCUACAGUUCGGGAUUAGAAACAUUGCUCAACAUACCUAUCAAGAAGAGUGUGGUUCAGUCUCCUGCAGUGCUGAUUCUACAAGAGGCUAAUGAGGCUCAGUCUCGCUAUAUAGAGCUUCUUACAAGAUCAGGAGAUUAUUACAGAUUCUUGAGUGAAAUGUUAAAGAGUAUGGAGGACUUGAAGAUGAAAAACACCAAAAUUGAACUUCUGGAAGAAGAACUCAGGCUUGCUAGGGAUUCAAAUUCAGAGACAAGCAACAAACAUAAAUUCCUGGAGCAAAAUCUGCAGAAGUACCAGAUGGAUAUUUCUCAGCUCAAGGCAAAGCUGAUGAGUUUGGAGGAGAUGAAAAGACAAGCUGAAAUGGAUGGAAAUUCUGCUAAGCAAAACCUGGACAAAUGCUAUGCCCAAAUAAAGGAUCUAAAUGACAGGAUAACCAGGUUGACUUAUGAGACUGAAGAUGAGAAAAGGAAAAGGAAGUUGCUGGAGGAUAGAUAUGAGCAGCAGAAGAAUGACUAUGACCAGCUGCAAAAAACAAGACAAAAUGAGAAAGACAGCCUUGGUUGGCAAAAGUUAGAGUCUGAGAAGGUCAUCAAGGAGAAGGAGUACGAGAUAGAAAGAUUAAGGGUUCUUCUUCAGGACGAAGGCACACGGAAGAGGGAGUAUGAAAAUGAGCUGGCUAAGGUAAGAAACCAGUUUAGCGAGGAGAUGAGUAAUUUAAAGAACAAGUAUGAAACAGAAAUUAAUAUUAAGAAGACCACAAUCCAGCAGAUAGCUGCACAGAAAGAUGAUGAUGCCAAAGGCCUCAGAGCCCAGGUUGACAGACUGACAAGAGAAAACAGAGACCUUAAGGAUGAGAUUGUGAGGCUGAAUGAUGCCAUUCUGCAAACGACAGAUCAACGGCGGAGGGCAGAAGAAGAUGCUCUUCAGCAGAAGGCUUGCAGUUCUGAGGUGUCACAGCAAAAGCAUCAGUUAGAGCUGGAGCUGAAACAGAUCAUUCAGCUUCGUGGUGAAGACAACUCAAGAUACAAGCAGGCUCUUGAGGAGGCUGCCUCAACUAUUCAGGAUAAAACUAAGGAGCUGGAAAGGCUAAAGCUUCAGCUUCAGGAAGAGGCUAAAAGCCGAUGGGAACUUGAAAAUGAAUUGGCUAAGGCAUCCAAUAGGAUUCAAGAAUCCAAAAAUCAGUAUAGUCACAUUAUGCAAGAAAGAGAAACCCUGCUGAUAAAAAUGAGUGCUUUGGAGCAAGACAAAGCCAGGCUGCAGAGAUUAGAAGAGGAGCUGAACCGUUUGAAAGUUACCCUGGAAUCAGAGUCACGUUUGAAGCAACGCCUGGAAAGUGAGAAGCAACAAAUACUGAAUGACCUCAAUCAGUGGAAGAGCCAACACUCCCGAACAGAGGAAUCGAUAAGGAAGAUCCAAUGUGAAAGAGAGAAGAGUGAGAGGGAGAAGAAUAGCCUGAGGAGCGAGAUUGAAAGGCUGCAGAUGGAAAUCAAACGGAUUGAGGAGAGAUACCGGUGCAGACUGGAAGAGACCACUGUCAAAAACCAGUCGGAGCUGGAGUCCGAACGUCUCAGGCUGCAAAGAGAGAUUGAGAAACUGAAGCAACGCCCAUAUGGGUCUCACAGAUCUACGCAGACUGAGGAAGACUUUUGUAUUGAUGCCUCCAAGCUGCUGUUCAGUGGGUUGCGGAAGAAGAUUACAGCAAUGCAGCUGUAUGAGUGUCAGCUGAUAGACAAACUCACACUGGAUAAACUGCUGAAGGGGCAGAGGUCGGUGGAAGAAGUCGCGGCUGACAUUGAACCCUACCUCAAAGGGGCAGGAGCUAUUGCAGGGGUGUCGCUUUCGCCCAGACAGAAGUACUCUUUUGUGGAGGCCAAACGGAAUCAGCUGCUUACAGCAGAAAAUGCAGUCCUGCUCUUAGAAGCCCAGGCAGCAACAGGAGGUGUGAUAGACCCGCACCGGAAUGAGAUGUUGACCGUGGACAGUGCUAUUGCCAGAGAUCUGAUCGACUUUGAUGACAGAGAACAAAUCUAUACAGCAGAAAAGGCUAUUACAGGUUUUAAAGAUCCUUUCUCAGGCAAAACUGUGCCAGUAUCUGAAGCCAUCAAGAAAAAUUUGGUUGACAGAGAAACUGGGAUUCGUCUGCUGGAAGCCCAGCUGGCUGUAGGAGGGAUUGUUGAUCCUGUCAACAGUGUUUUUCUACCCAAAGAUAUAGCUUUAUCUCGUGGAUUGAUUGACAAAGACCUCUACAGGUUACUAAACAACUGCCAAGGCAAUGCAAAGAACUUCAUUGAUCCCACUACCAAAAAGGCAGUCACUUACAUGCAGCUGAAGGAAAAAUGCAGGAUUGAACCACACACUGGUCUGCUCCUACUUCCAGUGCAGAAGAGGAGUAUGUCCUUCCAAGGGAUCAGGCAGCCCGUCUCAGCAGAUGCACUGCUUGAGGCUGGAAUAAUCAAGGAAUCAACAAGGAAUGACUUGGAAAGAGGCGCAAUUACAGUGGAAGAAGUGAGCGAGAGAAUUAUCGAUUUCCUUCAGGGCUCUAGCUGUAUAGCUGGUAUCUAUAAUGAGGCUACUAAAGAGAAACUCGGAAUUUACCAAGCUAUGAAAAUAGGUUUAGUUAGGCCAGGGACAGCCCUUGAACUCCUAGAAGCCCAGGCGGCCACAGGGUUCAUAGUGGAUCCUGUCAGCAACGUGAGGCUGCCAGUUGAGGAAGCUUACAAAAGAGGCCUUGUUGGAAUUGAAUUUAAAGAGAAACUUCUCUCUGCUGAAAGAGCUGUCACUGGGUACAAAGACCCAGAAACUGGAAACAUCAUUUCUCUCUUCCAAGCAAUGAACAAAGAGCUCAUAGAGAGAGGCCAUGGUAUUCGUCUGCUGGAGGCCCAGAUUGCUACUGGAGGAAUCAUUGACCCCAAAGAGAGCUACCGCUUACCAGUAGAGACAGCCUACAAACGCGGCUACUUCAAUGAAGAGCUCAACCAGAUCCUUAGUGAUCCAAGUGAUGACACCAAAGGGUUCUUUGAUCCCAACACAGAGGAAAACUUGACCUACUUGCAACUGAAAGAAAGAUGCAUAAAGGAUGAUGCAACAGGGCUCUGCCUUCUACCCCUGAGAGAGAAGAAGAAGGUGGUGCACACCUCACAGAAGAACACCCUUAGGAAGCGCAGGGUUGUCAUUGUAGAUCCAGAAACAAACAGGGAAAUGUCCGUGCAGGAGGCAUACAGCAAAGGCCUCAUAGAUUAUGACACCUAUACAGAACUAGCUGAGCAGGAGUGUGAGUGGGAAGAAAUAACUAUUACAGGAUCAGAUGGCAGCAGCAGAGUUGUCCUUGUUGACAGAAAAACGGGUAGCCAAUAUGACAUCCAAGAUGCUAUUGAUAAAGGUCUGGUGGAGAGGAAGUUUUUUGACCAGUACCGUUCUGGCAGUUUAAGCCUAACGCAGUUUGCAGACAUGAUUUCCUGCCGUAACGGCACUGAUGAGGUGUUUCGGCAUGAGUCGGUGACUCGGUCUCCCACAGUGCUGAGUGUCAGGAGUUCUUCUUCGUUGAUCAGAAGCGGUUCUUUCUCAGAAACGCCAGAUGAGUGCAGUCCUAUUGCAGCCAUAUUUGACACGGAAAACUUGGAGAAAAUCUCCAUUUCAGAAGCUAUACAGCGGGGCAUUGUGGAUAGCAUCACCGGGCAGCGGUUACUCGAAGCCCAGGCUUGCACAGGGGGUAUAAUAUGCCCUACUACCGGCCAGAGGCUUUCACUUCAGGAAGCCACUGGUCAAGGCAUCAUCGAUCAGGAUAUGGCCACACGUCUCAAACCAGCCCAGAAGGCCUUCAUAGGGUUUGAAGGCAUAAAGGGAGGACGGAAGAGGAUGUCUGCAGCUGAAGCAGUGAAGGAAAAAUGGCUGCCUUAUGAGGCUGGGCAGAGGUUCCUUGAAUUCCAGUACCUCACUGGAGGUCUUGUGGACCCAGAAGUGCGUGGAAGAAUAAGCACUGAAGAAGCCAUUAGAAACGGAUUGAUUGACGGUCGCGCUGCCCAGAAAUUACAAGACACCAACAACUAUCCCAAAAUUCUGACCUGCCCGAAAACCAAGCUGAAAAUAUCCUACAAAGAUGCAAUGAAUCGGUCAAUGGUGGAAGACAUCACAGGGCUUAAACUCUUGGAAGCAGCCUCUGUUUCCUCUAAAGGCAUAUCGAGUCCCUACAAUGUCUCCUCUGCACCCGGCUCUCGCUCUGGCUCUCGCUCUGGCUCACGUUCAGGCUCACGCAGUGGGUCUAGGAGGGGAAGCUUUGAUGCAUCAGCAAGUUCUUCAUAUUCUUAUUCAUACUCAACCUUCAGCAGUGGGUCUAUUGGGCGCUAAUAACAAGUGAGGGGAUGUGUCUGCAUUUUAUUAUCAGUUAGAUUAUUCUAUAUUUCCUUUCCAAGAAGAAAAAAAAACAUCAGCAAAGUAUCCCAAAGCAAAACCUUGAAGCCUUUUCUGGGUGUGUUACACUUCUCUUCUGAAAAAGCUGUAAAAUGCUUGAAUGCAAACUUGCAGGUUAGGGAAUGCAAAAGUAAUAUUUGUGAAUUUUGAGUUUUGGUUCUGAUUUCCUUUUAGUGUUUGGAUUUUAAUAGGUCUCUGUAUAUUUUAAAUACUGUGUCGUGCCUUCUCCUGUUAUCCAUAACUGUCAAUCCAUAAGGUGAUAACUGAGGUUUGAAAAUCUUGCAGUAGUUAAUUUUUUUCCACAUAGACCUUUUUCAAUUUGC